CUGCUCCGACAGGUGUGCACUGUGAUCGCAGCUGGUGGCUUCUUGAAGGUGUCCCUUCACAGGCACAUCCAUCCACCCAUCCACACACUACUCUGGUCCCCCGGAGAAAGAUCUAGCAUCGUCAGCAUCUCUCUUCAAGUUUUCCCAGGUGUUACUGCACUGUAACCACAGUAGGAGGCUACGAUGGGGAACGUUGCUCAGUGCUGCAAGGACUACUGGUGUCGGCCAAAGAACACCAACGUGCGCAUCAGUCUGCCGGCGGUGUGUGUGGUAUGGCAGACCGCCAUGAUCAUCCUGUUCGGAGUCUUCAUCCGCUACGACGAUGAGUCGGACACACACUGGGUGGAGCACAGGAAGCAUGAGAACUUAAGUGACAUAGAGAAUGACUUCUACUUCAGAUACCCCAGCUUCCAGGAUGUGCACGUGAUGAUCUUUGUGGGUUUCGGCUUCCUGAUGACCUUCCUGAAGCGCUACAGCUUCGGCGGCGUGGGCUUCAACUUCCUCAUUGCCUCCUUCGGCCUGCAGUGGGCCCUGCUCAUGCAGGGAUGGUUCCACGCCCUCGACCACACCACCGGCAAGAUCUACAUCGGCGUCGAGAACUUGAUCAAUGCUGACUUCUGUGUGGCCGGAUGCCUGAUUGCGUAUGGGGCGCUGCUGGGGAAAGUCAGCCCUGUUCAGCUGAUGGUCAUCACCUUAUUUGGCAUCACUCUCUUCGCCGUGGAAGAGCACAUCAUCCUCAGUCUCCUCCACUGCAGGGAUGCUGGCGGCUCCAUGGUCAUCCACACCUUUGGAGGCUACUACGGCUUGGCCAUCUCCUGGGUGCUCUACCGGCCCAACCUACACCAGAGCAAGCGCCUCAAUGGCUCCAACUACCACUCGGAUGUCUUCGCCAUGAUCGGUACCCUCUACCUGUGGAUGUUCUGGCCCAGUUUCAACUCGGCCAUCACGGACCACGGAGAUGGGCAGCACAGGGCAGCCAUCAACACCUAUCUGGCCCUGGCCUCCACCGUGCUCACCACCUACGCAGUCUCCAGCCUGUCUGCCCACCGGGGCAAGCUCGACAUGGUGCACAUCCAGAACGCCACCCUGGCCGGAGGUGUGGCCAUGGGCACAGCUGCUGAGUUCAUGAUCCAGCCCUAUGGUGCCCUCAUCGUGGGCUUCUGCUGCGGCCUCAUCUCCACGCUAGGCUACCUCGUCUUCUCUCCCUUCAUGGAGAAGGUCUUGAAGAUCCAGGAUACGUGUGGUGUCCACAACCUCCAUGCCAUGCCUGGUGUCAUCGGGGGCUUUGUGGGGGCCAUCGUUGCUGCUGCAGCCACAGAGGAUGUCUAUGGCAAAGAGGGGUUGAUCAACACUUUCGACUUUGAGGGGGCCUUUGCCAACAGGACUGUGGGCACCCAGGGUGGCUUCCAGGCUGCUGGCACCUGCGUGGCCAUCGCCUUUGGCAUCGUUGGCGGUGCUGCCGUCGGUAUUAUCUUGAGGCUUCCUAUUUGGGGAGAUCCUGCUGAUGACAACUGCUUUGAUGAUGAGGUGUACUGGGAGCUCCCUGAGGAUGAGGAAAGCCUUCCUCCCAUUCUGGAGUACAACAACCACAUGGUGACCAAGAACCCUGACGUGUCUGAGUCCAACUUCUCUGUGGAGCAGAGUUAAUGAACUGCUACUCUAGAGCCUCACUGCAGAUCAACCCUCCAAUUCUCCCCAACAAAAGAAAGCAGUGAACAGAAUUGCUCUGAUUGCUCCUGUUGGUGCACUGAAGUUAUACUCUGUAUUGAUCAUGGUUUACAGUGCUAUCUAGGCUGAGUGAGUAGAGUUAUGAUAGACCAUGGAGAUCAUUAACACGUGUAGGACAAAAGGCGAACAAACAUCCCUUUUUGUGACUUGUGCAAACAUUGCUCACUUAGGCCAUUAUGUUAUGGCUUCCUCUUUUUUUUUCUUUUUUCUUUUUGGAUAGCGGAGUAGGCUACCGGGCGCAUGCGGCCAUUUUGUUUCUGAGAAGCCCGCGAAGCGGUUGAGAAAGGUGUUUCUGAAGAAAUUGAUUUUCUGAAUGUACAUUAUGAUGUCUACUGAUGCUGUACUUUACUCUUAACAAUUCCAAGGAAGUAGCCUACAUGUUCCUCGAAUCUUAACGCGCACUGGCUCAUAUAAUAGCCGACCAAUGAAGCAGGAACAUGCAACAUAAAUGUUUGAUUCUAUCGCUUAUUGACCUUUGAAGGACUUUCAAAGCCAACUCCCAGAGCCCAUGGCUUUUAUGAAGUAAAAAUAUGUAAUACUUUGAACUUCAGAUAUUUAAAACUCCAAAGUAUCCUUUUUGUCCAAGAGCCUGGUGUUAAUUUAAGGUUAAUGUUCUAUGUGAAACAAGCUACAUGAUAUGCCUCUGAAGGAUACUGUGUCCAUAUGGAUUGUCUUUGUUCAGUAUUUAUUGGCUGCCUAUAUGAUUGUCUUUAAAUAGGAUAGUUCAGGAGAGGAGUAAUUAGCAAGAUAUGUGAUAGGCAUGUUUGCCUGAUGGCUUGGGUGCUAAGGAUUGGAAGAGACAUUUUGCCCCAUUCCCAGUAGUUGGAUGUUAGUAUAUAAAAAUAUACGAUGGAUCUAUAUUUUCAUAUCAUUGAAUGUGGCCUAUAUUGCAGGCUUUUGUACAGGUUUGCCAUGUGAUAAUAUUUUGUGUGUAUUUAAGAAUGUGAAUGUGAAUGUAAGCAUAUUAUCUGAUGUUUUGAAUAUGUUGAAUAAAUUCUAUCUGCGAUUUACAA